ACUUAGGUAGACUUUUAAACGUUCUGAUGUACUUAAAAAAAUAAUAAUACAGUACUCCCUAAAUGAACAGGAGUUAUGUUUAAUUUUUUGUUGACCGUACCUGCUUCUGGGUUUGGAGGUUUCUACAGAGCCAAAAUUUCGAUAUCAGGUUUCAGAGAAUGUUGAUCGAUAAGAACUACCAUCAUGAUAUCAUCAGCAACCUCCCUGAAUGUUUAAGGAUGGCCAUUUUAACGUGCUUGCCCCUUCUAGAAGCUGUAAGAACAAGUGUGCUCUCAAGUAAUUGGAAGUAUACAUGGACAAAGCUUUCACACAUUAAACUUGAUGAUACACUUUGGCCAGAAAGAAGUGUGAGUGAGGAUUCAGCAUUUCUAACAUGUGUCAGGGGUAUCUUCCAUAUUGUGUUGAACCAUGAAGGUCCUAUUAACCAGGUCACAAUUGCAUUGUCCAAACUGAAAGAUUGCCCAGAAAUUGACAACUUACUCCUUAUUCUGUCAAAAAGUGAUGUUGAGGUCCUCACACUUGAUAUUCAGGCUGACCGGUGUCUAUUGCCUUCAUCAUUUUUCAGAUGUAAAAAUCUGAAACACGUUGCACUUUAUUCCUAUCAGGUCCAUCUGCCUCCCAAUUUCACAGGAUUUAACCAACUUAUUACUCUUAAAAUGAAUUUGGUAAGCAUUGGUUCAGAACAACUUGCAAGUCUUGUUUCUUCUUGCCCGCUACUUGAACAUUUGCGGCUCAAAACUUCUUCCACAUAUACAUAUGAAUCUCUUGAGAUUCAUGCUCCUAAACUCAAGCACUUUAAGUUCCUUAGCCGUAUAAAAGAUAUUUGUUUCAAGAACAGCCCAGUCCUCAAAGAAGUAUGGGUUGUAGAUUGUAUGAUGAUUGGACAGCAUUCAAUAUCAGGAUACUCUAAAGUUGUAGAGUUUUUCGGUUCUCUGCCUGCUCUACAGUUGAUAUGUGUUGAUUAUAGCUUCACAAAGUGUAUAGCUUCCGGUGGAGUCCCAGCAAGACCAAGUUUGACUGCUGUCCACCUUGAUGCUGUUAGACUUAGUGGAUUUUGUUUAGAAAAAACUGUGGGUAUGGCAUUUGUACUUUUUCUGCUUAGAAUAGCGCCGAACUUGCAAGAUAUCACCAUAUUUUUAGCCGAUUCUCAUGAUGCUGUUUUUGCCCAAAGUCCUCUCCAUUCUCUGGAUGUUGAAGAAUAUUCAGACGUGAAACUGGAUAAGCUGAGGAUGGUAAAUCUGAGAAGAUUUACAGGUGCUAGGAACCAAAUGAGGCUUGCAAAACUUCUUUUAAUCAAAUCUCCGGUGCUCAAGAAAAUGAUUAUAAAAGCCAAUACCAAAGUGUGUACUGAAAAGCAACUCCUGAUACUUAAAGAGCUAGUACGGUUUCCCCGACCAUCACAAAUGGCAGAGAUCGACUAUUCAUAGGGUUCAAAAAAUCGUUGCCAAGUCCUUGGAACUUUGGGGAAGCAUUUCAACAACAAGACCUUUUCUGAGACGUGAACUUGCAAGAAUUCUGUUUUUUUUGUUGCUUAGUGUUGCAAGACCUUUUUAUGUUAAUUUUUUGUGUUAAAAACUUAGCUUUUUUUUUUACUUAUUCGUAAUGAAUAUGAAUGACUUCAUGGUUUGUGCUUUAAAAUGUACUAGUAUAACUGUAUAAGUAGUGUAGUACGUGCAUACGCACGGAAAAAGCAAUGAGUUCAUAUAUUUUUAUUCAUGAAC